AUGCAUUCCCAACGACCGUUAUCCUAUGCGCCUACCCCCUACAGUUAUACUCCAAAUCCAGCUUUGUCCGCCACAAUCAAUCUCGAUGAAGAAGUGAAAUUGGCAUCGAGCUCCGCCGAACGCGAUCUAUACGAAUCUCUCGCCGAAAUAUAUAGCAUUAUUGUCACCUUGGACGGAUUGGAGAAAGCUUACAUUCGCGAUGCCAUUUCAGAAUCUGAAUACACGGAAACAUGUGCUCGGUUAUUGAAACAAUACAAAUCGACGCUCGCUGACGAGACCGUAUCGCGAGAAUUUGUCGACUUGGAAACGUUUAAACGCAUGUGGCAGCUGGAAUGCCCUCGAGCUACCGAACGUCUCCGAAUCGGUUUGCCGGCCACCAUUGAACAAGCAUCCCAUGGCACCCACACUCCGAGCGGCGGUAUGCCUACCAGUGCUCCCGCUGCAGGCGCUUCCGGAAGUCUCAUUCUCAUAGCAACUGAAAAUUUCAUCACUUUCCUGGAUGCCCUGAAACUCAACAUGGUCUCGAAAGACGCUCUGCAUCCAUUACUAUCCGAGGUCAUUCAAUCCGUCAACAAGGUCACGGAUCGAGAUUUCGAAUCACGGGGCAAAAUAAUACAAUGGCUGAUUACUCUCAAUCAAAUGCGCGCGACGGAGGAAUUGAGCGAGGAGCAGGCACGCGAAUUAUCCUUCGACAUCGAGCAAGCAUAUCAGGGCUUCAAGGCGACGCUGAAUUGA